AGAGAAAGUUAGAAUAGGUAAUGUUUAUUCCCUUUCAGCAGAAGUGGAAAAUGAUUUUUAGAAAAAUUACAUGACUUUCUCAAGGUCAUACAACUAGUAGAUAUUAGUAUCAGUAUUCCAAUAUUUCCCUUGGCCCUAGUGUUCCUCCAAACAGGUACCAAAGAGUCAGAGAGCCUGAUAGAUAUUUGUUAUUCUGAAAAAACCCAUCUUAUCCUUCACUUCCAGAAAAGAAAAGAUAAAGCAAAGAUAAAAGAUAAAGCAAAUAACAAUCAAACCAAACCAAACUGGAAAAAAAAAAAAAAACAACCUUUGGUUUUUUCCUUAUUUGACUAACUGUUGAUUACAAAAAAAAAAAAAAAAAAAGUUAUUCAGAAACAAAGCUUCUGCAAAAUGAUGACUUCCUCCCUUCCCCUCCUGCCUAUCGGUUUCCAAACCACCCAAGUCAGGAGAUUAAAUAGCAGAGAAAAAGGAAGUUCUAAGGCCAGCCGUCUCUCCGAGUCCUAACUUUGUCAGAUGGCCGGCUUCCCCACUCCAAAACAGUUACAGCAGCUGGCUUCUGCCCUGAGGAAGUGAACCAGAAUGCCAAGGAAAUAGAGCCCAUCCUAUGAGCUCUGUGAGAGAAGAGGACAAGCUGAGAGCAAGGAGGUGACCCAGAUCUCCAGCUGAGCUCCAGGAAGGGGAUUGUCUUCCUGAGAUCAUCUUGGCCCAGCUGGGUCCUGAAGAUGGCGGUUACCUGGAGGAGCCUCUUCAUAUUCCUUCUGACUAAAUCCUGGGCUUCCACAGAGAGUGACAUCAAAGAAAACAUUCCUCUUCAGACCCUAAACUGCCACAAUGACUUCACAAGUAGGAUUAUCUGUCAGUGGGAGGAGGUAGCUGAUGCUCAACGCUACCUCAACCUGACUCUUUAUCACCAAGAGUUCAAUAGCUAUUCACCAAAUCCAAUCUCCUGUGAGCCUGGGGAGAACACAACCUUGCCCACCUGUCAGUUCCAAUCCUGCAUACCCAGAUCGUGCCUCAUUCACCAGAAAAUUUUUUCCACAAGUCAGCAAGACAUCUUUAGCUUCAAAACAGAUCCACCACUGCAGGUCCAGCUCAACCUCAGCCUGACCCGGAAUGUUCUACCACCUGCCCCCGAGAAUCUCAAGAUUUUGAAAAAUGGAACCAAAGUCUUCUUGCUUUCCUGGGAGAUGCCACAAAGCUGGAACCAGAGUCUCCAGGAAUUCCUGGGGGGGCUGAAGUUCAAGGUGGCUUACAAGAGGCGAUGGGAAUCCUGGGAGGAGGCUUCUACGAUGGACUCCUCUGAGUCCCAUGUUCUUCUGGAAUACGACCGCCUAAUUCCUGAUGACCCCUAUGUGGCCCGUGUACGGGCUAUAUCAUCUGGAGGAUACUCUAGCCCAUGGAGUCAUGAGUUUUCCUGGAACUCACAGGAAGGGAAUGCAGCCCAACCCAAGAAUCUUCAGUGCUUUUUUGAUGGACACAAACAGCUCGGUUGCACCUGGGAAGUGAGAGCUGAGAUUACCAGCUCUGUCACCUUUGGGCUCCUCUACAAGGCUGGUUCACAUGAAGCGAAGGAGUGCAUCCCUGUGUACAAAGAGAGGAUACCGGGCAGCCCCUAUAUACGGUACAGAUGCCAAAUUGAAGUCCAGGAUCCCAUCAACCAAAGCCAAUACACAGUCACCGUGCAAAGCAAGGGGGAGAAACGUCUACCGAGUUGCAGUCACAUCCAGCCACUAAAACCAGUUAUUACGGUCAAGAAAAUGGAAAACAGUUACUACCUUCAAUGGAAAAAGCCCAUUCCUGAGAUAGGACAGAACUAUCAAGUUCAGUACAGGACAUCCACGCAGACUUGGGAGGAAGCCCACAGUGAAAUCUUGAAAAUUAUCCUGGAAAUGAGCAUCUCUGAGACUUCUCUGAAGCCAGACACACAAUAUUUUGCCAGGGUGAGGGCAAGGGUUGAGCAAUCACACUACAGCGGGACAUGGAGUGAGUGGAGUGAGGAAUGUUCCUGGAAGACAGAAAGAGUCUUCCCUCCAUGGAUCCUGGGGCUGAUGCUGAUCAUCAUUACACUGCUGAUGCUGCUGGGGGCCUGGUUCUGUUAUACCUUUGGGGUCAGAAUGAAGACAGAUUGGGAAAACAGGAUUCCCAACCCAAGUAAGAGCAACCUGUUCCAGAAAAAGAACCAGAAAAUUAAGAUUCCAGGUAACUUCUUUACUUUUAGCCAAGAGAGGGAGAGAAAAUGUUCUGUCUCCAGGAUGGAUUGGAUGGAUUCUGAAGAGAAUGGGAGCUCAGUGAGCCACCUGACUACUGUGGCCCCCCAGGAUACAUGUUCUGUUUCCUCUGACCCUGAGCCCCAUGAAGCACUUGGCCUGUUGCCUGAUGGGGACUUGAACCUGUCCAGCUCCUGUAAAGUGCCUCAGCCCAACACCCCGACAAAAGACCCAGAGUCUGGCUUCGAUUUCAAUGGCCCCUACCUCCGUCUGCCCCAGAGCCACUCCCUGCCUAAUGUCUCUGGUCAGAUGGGACCCUGCCAGGCGGAUGGGAGCAAGAAGCAGCCCUGUGGGUCCCUGGAGUAUUUUUGUCUGCCUCAGAGUGGGCAGGGCGGCCUUGUUCCUGUGGCCAAAUCAGCCAAACCAGGCAGUGAUACAAAGGAAAAGGAAACUUUGUCUGGUCUUCCUUCAAAUAGAGAAGCUGAGCCCUGCCCACCCAGGGAGCAAGAUGGUCCCCCAUCUGGGGAACUGAGGCAGGAGAACAACCUUAGUCAACUAGCUGCCAGCUCCAAAGCCCCCCUGAAAUUGGCGGGGGGCUCAGGCUACAUUGCCCCUGAAGACCUAGUGCUUGGUUCUGAGAAGGCUGAAAGUCUCCCAUCUCCUUCCACACCUCCCUUAACUUGCUCAGUCCCUGAGUCUAGCCUUGAUCUUGGAUCUCUUCCAUUUCCCAGUCCUGAAAAGUUGGCAUUGGAGGGUUAUGUUGAGGCCCCUGCAAGCAUGAUCAGUACUGAGGCCCCUCCAGAGAAUCCCAGCUCCUCGCCAGUUGGGCCCUCAGCCCCAAAUCUCACAGAUGCCCAGCAGGAAGAGACCAUAACAGUGUUCCAUCCUGAUGGACCCAUUGUCCUGCAGCAGAUAGGAGACUACUGCUUUUUCCCUUCCCAGGGCCAGCCAGUGUCUUCCAGUAAUUCCCCUGAGAAAAUGGCCAAGCCUCAAGAUGUUAAGGGCAAGGAACCCCCAGGUCAGCCAUUGUCCCCCAUGCCUGCCAUCCAGUUCUUCAAGGCCAUGAAACACCAGGAUUACCUUGUUCUGCCAACAUGGGAUGGCAAUAGGCCAGGGCAAGUGUGCUAAGGAAACACCCUCAUAGUGAGGGCUGCCAGUGUCUGGAGGGCAGGUCCCUUCCUACUAUCUCCCCACCUCUCUAAGCUUUUUUAAUGCCCAGAAGAAUGGAAGCCCUUUAAGGGUAGAGGACAAGACCUGAAUUGGAGUUUGUGGCCUCAGUCAGGCUAUUCCCCUCUCUGUGCCUCAGUUUCUUAUUGGUCUCAGAGAACAAGCCAUGAAAUAUGCUUCCCAGAAUAUGAAGUGGGCUCAGAAAUGAAGAAUAGAUUUUCUGGAAGAAGAAUUGUCAAAGUCUACAUUUUUUUGCUCUGAUACAUGACCAUCAGAGGACUUUCCCACUCACUGAUAAAACUGUGGAUUCAAUUCUGAGAAUUGGGGUUUCUUGCUAAAAUAGGAAAAGAGAUGUUCUUUUCAAAAGUGUCGGAAGAAGAAAUAGCAGUGUAUACAAAGUCAGAAGAUCAAAUCCUGACUCCUCUCUGAUUACUUGUACGACCUUGGACAAGUCCAUUCAUUUGAACUUCAAUUUCUUCAUUUAUGAAAUGCAGGUGCUAUAUUGCAAUGACUUCUAAGUUCCCUUCCAGUUCUAAAUGUGGAAUUCUCUCUGUUUCUCUGUCUUUGUCUCUGUCUCUCUGUCUGUCUCUCUGUCUCUGUCACUCUGUCUCUGUGUCUCUGUGUCUCUGUGUCUCUGUCUCUGUGUCUCUCUGUCUCUGUCUGUCUCUGUGUGUCUCUGUCUUUGUCUGUCUCUUUCUGUCUAUCUUUGUCUAUGUCUCUGUCUCUUUCUCUAUCCUGAUCUCUCCUCUCCCCUCUCUAUCCCUAUAUAUUUCUUUAUCUCUAUCUCCCUAUUUCUUUACCUAGUUUAUCUCUCUAACUCUCUACCUUUCUAUCUCUACUUUUCUAUUUAUAUAUUUCUCUAUCUCCUCCUCUGUCUCUUUUACUGUGUAUUUAUCUACUUAGUCAUCUGUUUGUCUGUCUAUGUAUUUGUCUGUUUAUCAGCUGUUAGUUAUAUGAUUGAAAUGAUCAACUUCAGCCAUUUUUUGUUACAAGGAUGGGUUCUAUUGUGGGGAAAUAACUUUGAUGUAAAAAACAAGUCAUGAAACUUGUAAAAUUAGUGGGUGAAACUAUGUGACCUCUAAGGAUCCCUUUCAUUUCUAACAUUCUAUGAAAUUCCCCAAGUAUCUGAUGGUUCCCUAGAGACCAGAUUGAGGAGGUGGAGAGAAACGAUUGGUUACAACUAUCCUGGCUAGUGUCCCUUGGUAAUGAGCUUUUGGGGAAGACCAGGGUCCCAGAGGAUAAACCAUUAGUUUAGAAUGGAUAGAUCACAAGUAUAGCUUCCUUCCCUAAGUGCUCUACUUGUCUCAUCACUCAAGAACACAUGGGCUUCCCUUUUGAUCUGGUUUUUCUUGCACAAUAUGACAAAUAUGGAAAUAUGUUUAAAGGGAUUAAACAUAUUUAAUCUAUAUCACA